AUGGCUCCCCCACAGUUAGGCGCGACAUUUGUCCCCGGCGGCUUUGAUGAUUAUUAUAUGCCAGAAGUUGUUGCUCCCUCCCCUCAAAGGGUAACCCCUCAGGUCCCUCAAAAUAUGCAAGAGGACCUCCAGCGCAUGGAGCUCGAGGCUACUUCUGUUGAACCACGAUCACAAACCGAUUCAGGCCCAGGUCCUCGUCACUCUCGUGAACCGUCGCUCUCUACUUACACCAACCCUUGGGGAGCCGACCCGCCCAGGCCCCAGCUGGCAACACAGGUCUCAAGCGACGACAUCCGAGCAUACCAGUCCACCGAUAAGAUCUCCGAGAGUCUCAGCACCAUGAGCUUCGACGCCCCCUCAUUUUCGCCUUUUCCCAAGGUAAAGGGCGAUAACAUCCCCCCAACCGAUGAGGAAAAGGAAGAGAUUCUGUGGAACGCGCGCAAGCAUGUUCUUCACUCACAGAAUGUUUCAAUGCAAAUUACAUGGGCGCGCGACGUCCUUACUUGGGCCGACAUUUCCCAAGAGUCCAUGAUACGCGAAUAUGGCGAAAAGGCCCGACCUGCAACGCCCCGCAUAGAACACGAACUCCGAGUCGAUGCAAUCAACAUUAUUACCUACUUGUCGCAGCAAGAGCACCCUGAAGCACUCUACAUGCGUUCAAAAUGGCUCGAGUUUGGCAAGUUUGGUAACCGUGUUGACAAGCGCGAGGCUUAUAUCGGCUACAAGCGCGCCGCAGAACUUGGUCAUGGACGAUCCGAGUAUCGCAUGGGCAUGUUGUACGAGCAGUCGAACGACAUGUCCAAGGCGAAGGAGCAUUACUACCGCGGUCUUUCCCUCAAAGACUCAGCCUCGUUGUACCGAAUGGGCAUGAUGAGCCUUUUAGGCCAGCAUGGAGAGACGAAAGAUUACUCGACUGGCCUGGAGCGGAUACAGGCCGCGGCCGACAGCUCCGACGAAGACGCCCCUCAGGGUGCUUAUGUUUACGGUAUGCUCAUAGGACGCGACUUACCGGACAUAACAAUCCCCGAGGGCUUGUUGCCCAACAAUCCAUUGACGACAAAGAUGUAUAUCGAGAAGUCGGCUUAUCUUGGGUUUGCUAAGGCCCAACUCAAGAUGGGACAAGCAUACGAACUCUGCCAGUUCGGAUGUGACUUCAACCCGUCUUUUUCUCUUCAUUACUACGGCCUAGCAGCUAAGCAAGGUCUUCCCGAGGCAGCCCUCGGCGUGAGCCGAUGGUUCCUCUUUGGCUACGAGGGCGUUUUCAAGAAGAACGAGUCGCUCGCGUACAAGUAUGCUCAAGAGGCUGCUGCCGCUAAGCUGCCGACUGGAGAAUUUGCCUUGGGCUACUACAACGAAAUAGGAAUCCAUGUUGAGAAGAGCUUGUCAGAAGCUAGAAAGUGGUAUCAGCUGGCGGCCGAUCACGGCAAUCAAGACGCCCUUGGCCGACUCGAUUCCCUGGACGAAAAUAACACUCUAUCCAAAUCUGACCACGAAACUACCACACUGACCCGCAUCAAGUCGCAACACGGAUCCCAGCGAGGCAAGCGUCCCGACCGCUUCAAGCAGCCACAGCAAAUGCCUACUCUCAGUGAAGGAAGUGCCCCUGCUUCACCCUCACUAGACGGACCAGGCUACCCCAAGCCACAUGAUCCGCAGUCCAAUCCUUCUCUCGGAAUACGGCCCACCAUCGUCUCGGAGCACGUCAACUUCCCAGACCCGUCGCGGGCUUCUUUUGUACUCCCUGCGGCAACGGACAGACCUCCUGCCUUCAAUGUUAGAUUGGAUGCCAACCAAGGCCCGGCGCGACCCCAAUCGGCAGCUCCCUAUCCCGAAGACGACCGGCCACCACCACUAACAGUUCGUUCCAAGUCCACCGCCCCUUACCCCGAGGACGAUACCCAAGGUCCUACUUCUCCCCGUUUCAAUCAAGGCGGCCGCAUGGGACCCCCUUCAGGACCACCCUCAGACCGCCCAUCAAGUGCUUUUGGCAUCAAGCCACAAUCAGGUGGUCCUCGUCCUAUGCCGCAAUCUCAGUCGAUGGGCAAUCUUCACCCUGGAGGCCCAGGAGGUCCCGGCCGACCUGAUCCCCGCAACAGAGCUGCAUCCACUGGAUGGGAAGGCCAACAAGGACCCGGAGGACGUCCUUCUCCCUAUCCAGAAGACAACGGAGCACCGUACGGUGGAAUACAAAAGACACCCACUGGUGGCCAAUACUCGCCGGGCUUGCAAAACCCUCAGUCCCAAAACUAUGAACGCUUCUCGCGCGUACCUGGAGCCAGUGGGCGCCCCGAGCGUGGAAGCUCUCUACCCCAGAAUCAGCAGCAACAGCAGCAACAAUUACCACCUCAGGUGAAUCGACCCCCACGAACGUCAAGUGCUCAGCCGCCAAUGGUGUCUGGUGGUGCUGGCCCAGGCGGCAGGCCGUCUCCGGGACCUUAUGGCGGACCUCAAGGGGGCCCAUCUGGUCCUCCAAGAACUGGAAGUGCACCUCCAUCGCAGUUCCAGCGGCCCGACAACAGGCCGAGCCCUGCUCCCAGCGCUGCAACGAUGCCACCAAAGGGAGCAGGCAAACAGGGACCUGCAACUUUUGAAGAUAUGGGUAUCCCACAAGGAAAACAGGACAGUGACUGUAUCCUCAUGUAA